AUGGCCACUCUGCAGACAGAGUCUGCACAAAAAGAAUUUGCCUCCCAAUGCCAGGCCACGAAUCUGAACUACGGGCUCCCCGACUGGGACUCGGAUACCUCGUCUGACUCUGAUAAUGAAACCGUCUCGAGCGUCAACAUAGUGGGACCCGACGAGGUGUCGCUGGCCAAGAUUCCCUACUGGUUGGACCAGACCCCGGGUCUCAAGGCGAAAGACAGGAAGCCCGUGCCUCCGCCGCGGGUGUAUUUCCCCGUGGAUGCGCCGGACAGUCCCGAGCUGCACCGCCGGAUGUCCUAUCUGCUUGGCACGAACCGCAUUAAGGCCACCGUGGCCGGCGAGAUGGCCGCCUCGUACGCGGGCGUGCCAAUCAACGUCCAGAAUUCCGAAUGGGCGAUCCCCGAGCCGCUCCUCGACCAGGCGGCGGAGAUCCUGCGGGCGGACGGAUUCCCGGCCUGCCCGGCCUGCCCGCGCACUGCCGCGUGGAGCGAGAUGCUGGGGCAGAGCGACAGCGAGGAGGAGGGGGAGGAGAGCGACAAGGCCUUUUCGGAGGGGAAGCGGCGGUCCCUCCGCCAGAAGAAAGUCCGGUGCGCCGUCCUGCGGCGCGACAAGCCAUCGCACCGCGCCUACCCGCGGCCGGCGUAUCACUUCCACACCGACCACCGCUACCCCAAGUCGGCCUGGGAUCUGGAGCAGUCGCGCGGGGUCUUUCUGUAUCCCAUGAAGGCUGUGAUCCACCCGGCCCUCCCAGACCCGCCCUGCGGCCCGGCAGCGCACGGGGACGAACCGGCCUUCCUGUGGCCGCUGUCGCAGCGCAGCCCGCGGAGCGCCCCGGGGACCUCGAUUUACCGAACCACCUCGUCCAGCCAUCUGCCCGCCGCGGGCGCCGGGCUGCUUGACUUCCGGGGCCGGCAGAACCCCAAGCAUUACCCGGUCAACAUGCUGACCCCCGUCAAAGCCGUGGAGAACCUCGUGCGGCUCAUCAUGCGGCACAGGGGCCAGUGGGUGAACCAUUAUUGGAUCCGGCUCUUCACCGCGUACAUGCUCUUUGCCUUCGACGUGAACCACCUCGACGGGGACCAGAGUCUCUCGGGGCGCGUCAAGUUGGAGAUGGAAGGCGUCGGCGAUUGGCUGGAGCUGCAGCUCGACGACAACACUAACAUCGACCGGGCAUUCCACGCCGUCUGGCGAGCCAUCAAGAAUGCCCGCGAACCCCCCCUGUUCUAUCGAUAUGGGACUUGCAACCAGCACGCUCACUAUCAGAUCUGGCAUCGGCAGCAGUGCAGAAGGCCAUGGUAG